GGGUUAUCCCCUGUGCUGUGCUCCCUCCAAAAAACUAGAAAUGUAAAAUAAACGAAUGCCCUUGGUAUAGACAUAUAUGCCUUCGAUUAAUCAGCGAGCAUGUCAAUAUACUUUAUGAAGUCUUUACAGCCCUAUGGCAGCGACACCAGCACGCAGAGGAACACGCUUGAGCGCCGGUACGUUUUCAUGACGGAUUCAUCAUUAAAGGCUCUUUCCAUUUAAAUAGGUUCAAGCAGCACCCUUGAGGCAUUAGAGACAAAUUGAACUCUCCCUGGUCCAAUGGGGGUGUUCAAAAUUGUGGAGCCCCUACUGCUCUAACAAACUCGGCAAGCUGUUAAAUAUAGCUAGAUUGUCCCUGUUAAAUAUAUUUGCGGAGUACGCAAAUAAAUAACUACCCUACAGUUAAAAGUCGGCAAUAAAAUGAAUUAUUCUUAGAGGCUCCGUUUAAAACUCCCCCUCCCCCUCUUCCAUAAUGGACCUAUCUAUGUUGAACAAACGUUAAAAUACUUCCAAUUUUUUUUCUUGGGAUAGUAGUAUACAUCCAAAGGGUUUUCCCGAUUUUCUUUUUACUGACAUUGAACAAGGAAGCUUUACUCUGCCAUCUGCACAUCUUUUACUUUCUGCAGUCUCCCGGCAGGAUCUUUAAGUGCAGUCGUGAAGUGAUUCAGCCACAGACUUAAAACCAAUUGAGCCUGGUUUUUGAAAUUGGAACGGCUAAACAAAUACACUAUACCUAAACAACAAAAAAAAAAACUUUUUUUUUCCCCCCAGCACCAUUGGAUAUAACCACAAGGAGGCGUCGUUUGCUUGUCUUUUGGUCAGCUUUUUGUACGGGGGGAAAAAAAAAGGCAGGGAAAAAAAAUCCUCUUUUGAAGUGUUUAUCCUGACGUCAGUUUGUGUGGUCCGUUGUGCUACAGCCUCGCUCGCGGAGUCUCUCAAUAUCGUUUCAGCACGAAAUCAGGAAUCAAUGGGCUCGAGUCCUCAACUUCGCACCAGUCCUGGCGGAGACACUGUAAUGAUUUCUGCUGAAAAACCGAACUGGACUAAAACCGUACAAUGAAUACCCUGGCUUUUCUUCUGAUACUUGCUGUACGCAUCUACGCUGAUGGCUCAGAAGCGCCAACAGGAGGCUGCACCUUCGAUGAAGACUCAGACCCCAGCCUGUGUGAAUACAGCCAGGGGGAGGAGGAUGACUUUGACUGGCAGCUGAUGAGAACCUACAGCAGUCCUCACUCAACCUCUGACCUCCUAUAUGGGUCUUAUAUGAUGGUGAACUCUUCCGAGCAUGCUGAGGGGCAGCGUGCCCACCUCCUGCUGCAGACCCUGAGUGAGAAUGACACGCACUGUGUCCAGUUCAGCUACUUCCUUUACAGCAGGGAUGGGCACAGUCCAGGGGACCUGAAGGCAUAUGUGCGGGUCAAUGCUGGGCCUCUGGGCAGCCCCGUUUGGAACGUGUCGGGAUCCCAUGGGAGGCAGUGGCACCAGGUGGAGCUGGCAGUGAGCACCUUCUGGCCCAAUGAGUACCAGGUCCUGUUUGAAGCGACCAUCUCAAAGGAGCGCCGGGGCUACAUUGGGAUGGAUGAUAUCUUAUUGCUGAACUACCCCUGCUAUAAAGCCCCCCACUUCUCUCGACUGGGUGAUGUGGAGGUUAAUGCUGGGCAAAAUGCCACCUUCCAGUGUGUGGCAUCAGGGCGGGCAUCGGAGACUGAGAGGUUCCUGCUGGAGCGGCACAAUGGGGACGUGACUCUGGCCUCAUCGGUGAAGCACCUCAGUCACCGGCGCUUCCUGGCCUCCUUCCAGCUGGACAUGGUCCAGCGGGGCGGACAGGACCUGUACCGUUGCGUUACGCAGUCCUCCCGCGGCUCAGGGGUCUCCAACUUUGCAGAGCUCAUCGUCAAAGUACCUCCAUCACCCAUUGCACCUCCCCAGCUGCUGCGGGCGGGGUCCACCUACUUGAUCAUACAGCUCAACACCAACUCCAUCCUUGGCGACGGGCCCAUCAUCCGCCGGGAGAUCGAGUACCGCGCCAGCCAGGCGCCGUGGUCAGAGGUGCACGGCGUCAACAUGGCCACAUACAAACUGUGGCACCUUGACCCCGACACGGAGUACCACAUCAGUGUACUGCUGACCCGCCCAGGGGAGGGGGGAACGGGGCCGCCCGGUCCGCCCCUGAUCAGCCGUACCAAGUGUGCAGAGCCCAUGCGGGCCCUGCGUGCCCUCACGGCGACGGAGAUCCAGUCGCGGCAGCUGUCUCUCCAGUGGGAACCGCUGGGCUACAACCUGACGCGCUGCCACACCUACUCGGUGUCCCUGUGUUACCGCUACGCCGGGGGCAGCGGCGCUGGGCACAACACCACCGUGAGAGAGUGCCUGGCGGUGGAGCACAACGCCUCCCGCUUCGUCCUCAGAGAUCUGCCUCCCUACCGCACCGUCCACGUCCGCCUGGCCCUCUCCAACCCCGAGGGCAAGAAGGAGAGCCGGGAGGUGGCCUUCCAGACGGAGGAAGAUAUUCCUGGUGGCAUUGCAUCAGAGUCACUUACGUUCACCCCUCUGGAAGACAUGAUAUUCCUGAAGUGGGAGGAACCAGUGGAGCCUAAUGGGUUGAUCACACAGUAUGAGAUCAGCUACCAGAGCAUUGAGUCUUCAGACCCCGGCAUCAAUGUUCCAGGACCCCGGCGUACUGUCUCCAAGCUGCGCAAUGAGACCUACCACAUGUUCUCCAACCUGCACCCAGGCACCACCUACCUGAUCUCUGUGAGGGCCCGGACUGGCAAGGGGUUCGGGCAAACAGCCCUGACAGAGAUCACCACCAACAUCUCGGCCCCUAUGUUUGACUAUGGAGAUAUGCCCCCUCCUCUGGGAGAGUCUGAGAGUACCAUCACAGUCCUUCUUAGGCCAGCACAGGGCCGGGGAGCCCCAGUGAGUACCUACCAGGUGGUAGUGGAGGAGGACAGGCCAAAGAAGGUGAAGAGGGAUCUGGGCAACGUGGAGUGUUUCCCCAUUCCCACCACCCACAGCGAGGCCCAGGCCAGAGGCACACUGCACUACUACACUGCUGAGCUGCCACCCAGCAGCCUGCCCACAGCUACACCCUUCACUGUGGGAGACAACCAGACCUACAGAGGCUACUGGAACAGCCCGCUUGACCCCAGGAAGAACUACCUCAUCUACUUCCAGGCCAUGAGCAACUUCAGAGGGGAGACCAGGAUCAACUGCAUCAGGAUUGCCAGAAAGGCGGCGUGUAAGGAUGCCAAACGAGCUCUGGAAGUGACCCAGCACUCAGAGGAGAUGGGUCUGAUCCUAGGAGUGUGUGCAGGAGGGCUGGUGGUACUGAUCCUGCUCAUGGGGGCCAUCAUCAUCAUCAUCAAGAAGGGAAGGGACUACUAUUCUUAUUCUUACUACCCGAAGCCGGUGAACAUCAAUAAGACGCCCAUCACCUACCGGCAGGAGAAAACGCACAUGAUUGGCUCGAUGGACCGCAGCUUCACUGACCAGAGUACCCUGCAGGAAGACGAGCGCAUGGCUCUGUCUUUCAUGGAUGCCCACAACUGCAGCAGCAGAAGUGAUCAGCGCAGCUCGGUGAACGAGUCCAGCAGCCUGCUGGGAGGCUCUCCACGGAGACAGUGCGGGCGGAAGGGCUCCCCCUAUCACACCGGUCAGCUGCACCCUGCUGUCAGGGUGGCUGACCUGCUCCAGCACAUCAACCAGAUGAAGACGGCUGAGGGCUAUGGCUUCAAACAGGAGUAUGAGAGUUUCUUUGAGGGCUGGGAUGUUUCCAAAAAGAAAGACAAGACCAAGGGAAGACAUGAGAGCCUUCUAGGUUAUGACCGCCACCGGGUCAAGCUACAUCCAUUACUGGGGGACCCCAAUUCUGAAUACAUUAACGCCAACUAUAUUGACAUUCGGAUAAACAGGGAAGGCUAUCACCGUUCAAACCACUUCAUUGCCACACAAGGGCCUAAACAAGAGACGGUGUAUGACUUCUGGAGAAUGGUGUGGCAGGAGAACUGUUUCAGCAUCGUCAUGAUCACCAAGCUGGUAGAAGUGGGAAGAGUAAAAUGUUGCAAGUACUGGCCAGACGACAGCGAUAUGUAUGGUGAUAUCAAGAUCACGCUUAUGAAGACAGAGACACUGGCUGAGUACACAGUCCGCACCUUCACUUUGGAGAGGAGGGGUUAUUCCGCGAAACAUGAAGUGCGGCAGUUCCACUUCACGUCGUGGCCUGAGCAUGGGGUGCCGUAUCACGCCACUGGCUUGCUGGCCUUCAUUCGCCGGGUCAAGGCCUCCACCCCUCCUGACGCAGGGCCGGUGGUGGUGCACUGCAGUGUGGGUGCUGGCAGAACAGGUUGCUACAUUGUCUUGGAUGUCAUGCUGGAUAUGGCAGAGUGCGAGGGUGUGGUGGACAUCUAUAACUGUGUGAAGACCCUGUGCUCCAGACGCAUCAAUAUGAUCCAGACUGAGGAGCAGUACAUUUUCAUCCAUGAUGCCAUCCUGGAGGCAUGUUUGUGUGGAGAGACUGCCAUCCCUGUCAGAGAAUUCAGCCUCACCUACAAAGAGAUGCUGAGAGUUGAUUCCCAGAGUAACUCCUCCCAGCUUCGUGAGGAAUUCCAGACCCUGAACUCGGUCACCCCUCACCUGGAUGUGGAGGAGUGCAGCAUCGCCUUACUGCCCCGCAAUCGCGAGAAGAACCGCAGCAUGGACGUCCUGCCGCCCGACCGCUGCCUGCCCUUCCUCAUCACCACCGAGGGCGAGAGCAACAACUACGUCAACGCCGCGCUCACCGACAGCUUCCUCCGCUCUGCCGCCUUCAUUGUCACCCCCCACCCGCUGCCCGGCACCACCACGGACUUCUGGAGGCUGGUCUUCGACUACGGCUGCACCUCCCUGGUCAUGCUCAACCAGCUCAACCAGUCCAACUCAGCUUGGCCCUGUGUGCAGUACUGGCCUGAGCCUGGCCUCCAGCAGUAUGGCCCGAUGCAGGUGGAGUUUCUGUCCCGAUCUUCUGAUGAGGACGUUAUCACUCGCCUCUUCCGGGUCAAGAAUGUGACCCGGCUGCAGGAAGGUCACCUGAUGGUGCGGCAGUUCCAAUACCUGCGCUGGUCUGCCUAUCGCGAGGUGCCUGACUCCAAGAAGUCCUUUCUGAACUUGCUGGGCCAUGUGCACAAAUGGCAGAGAGAAUGUGGGGAAGGACGGACUAUUGUGCACUGCCUGAAUGGUGGGGGCCGCAGUGGGACAUUCUGUGCCUGCACCACGCUCCUGGAGAUGAUGCAGUACCAGAGCAUGGUGGAUGUUUUCUACGCUGUCAAAACGCUGCGCAACUCCAAGCCCAACAUGGUGGAGUCCUUGGAACAGUACCGCUUCUGUUAUGACCUGGCUCUGGAGUAUCUAGAGUGCAUGGAAGUAAGAUAGCACUCAGCCGCACGACCCUGACCACAAGGACUCGAGACUACUGGCUGUGCCAAAAUCAGAAAAAACACACACUUCGUUGUUUUUGUUACACUUGGAUAAUGGGCUUACCUGCAAUUUCAAAUGUGGAAAAAAAUGAAAACAAGACAUUUUUAGAGCCUCGCCUUCUCCUGUUCUCACCGGGCAUCUCACCAGUAAAUCGCUGGGAUUUCCUGUCAGUGAAGAAUCUUUGCAACUAAUAACUGCCUUACUGCUAUGUGUUGUUAAGACAAAAGAAGACACUGUACAGAACAGAUGAAUCCUAACAAAAAGUGACUUCUUUUCUAUUAUUAUUAUUAUUACAGAGCUGUCCAGAGUCAUGUCAAAGGUCUAUUUCGAACCUAAACAACUUCUUGGUGCUUUGCACAGUUCACGUGUUUGUUGUGUUGCAGUGGACCAGACUCUUAUUUUCUGCUUAAAGGAGGUGAGAUGGAAAGCUUUUUUUCUGAGGGGAAAGUUUAACUUCCUGUCUUCUGUUGACAACAAAACGGACAUAGAAGAACCAAUUUUGAUGGACCCAGUUUUAGAUUUUCCCCUCUUGUUUAUAAGUGUACAUAGGUAUUUGCAGAUGUUUCUAGAUGUUACCGUCUUUAGUCCUGAUCAUCUUUUGUGUGUAAGUAAAUGACCAUGUUCACAAGACAUCAGCAUGCCACUUCAAAAACAGGACAUAUGUUCUUUUUCUUCAUAACACUAGUUUUGAAAGAACCAGUGUACUGUACAUGGUCUUUAGAAAGACUGCAACAUUGUAACAUCAAAAACACAUGAAAAAUUCCAAAGGGGUUUGAACUUUGCUACCUGAAUCUGCCAUACUGUAUAUUUGGCUUUUUUCUAGUCAAAUAACUUUUCUUCUGCAGUGUCAAAUAAGGCUUUGUGAAUUUAAACGCCAUAUUGAACCCUUGAUUAUGUUUGGUCAUUUUGUAUUUAUUUAUUUGCUUGUUUAGAUGCCUACACUUUUUGCUGUCCUGCUGGGGUCCCAUCUCUCCAUCUCUGCUCCAGGUGAUGGAUGCAAGAUGUGGAACCAGUCCAAGCCUUUCAAGGCUUGAUUAAAUAUCAGGUUUACUCACCUGUCUCAACCCAUUAAGAAGUGCAUUAGUUAAUGAUAUGACUUAAGCUCUCUGCACAAUGGAUACUGGGUGUGCAGUGUUUUCCUUUAUUAAAACAAAUUGACAGACUGGACUGUGUCUUUUUGAACAAAUGGGACUGCCGCUCUGCUCAACACAUUUGUGAAAACAAUGAACAGACCUCCACCUUGACAUCAGAUUCACAUUCCAGUGCAUAUGAUUAUGAGAAUAAAUGCGACUGGGCUUCAUGAAUACAUUAACUAGCACUUGUACAAAGUGUUAUCAGUAUGUAAAUCAAUUACCUUCCCAUCUCCUAACCACCACUGAUUGAAAAAUCUUCUCUUUUUUGUGUAGUCUUAAUUAACAACUAAUGAUGCUGUCUUGACAUGAAUUGAUAAACAAAUGACAUGGUUCAAUAAACAGACUGCCCCUCUAAAACCGACAUCUUGAUAAAUUGAUAAACACUAUAAAACAUAUGCAGUACACAAUCUUACAGAACCCCAAAAGCCCAGGUCUGUCGAAAAACCCCAUUAGAACAGCUGCAGUAGAAUUACUUUCUCACAACAUUGACAGGCAGACCCCACAGAUAAGUACAGACACAUUGUUACCUUAUUCUAUUGUGCUAAAUGUGAAAUAGCUGAUUUCACGAAAGGGUUCUGAACCUUUUGUCAGGGGGAGCACAGGUGUGAAUACUGCUUAACUGACAACUGCUAGCAAACCUACAGAGAAGACUAUACUCUGUGUGCUUCUUUCUGAUAUAGUCCUACCCAAUUAUUUGCACAUAUCUUGUCAAUUAUGAAUGUUUCCUAAAAGUUCUCCUUUCCAAAGGUCUGCCAGACAGAAAUACAAAAAUUCCAAGAUGAUCUUGACCUUUUACUAGUAAUCUACCCAUAUAAUUCCAAAGAUAUUUUUCAAUUUAACAGUAGAUAAACAGUGAUGACAGAAUGUCAGCAAACCGUACUUUUUUUUCAUUCCAAAGGUCUAUUCAUAAUCCGGGUCGCACUAACACUGUAAAGACUUAUUUCUUGUGGGUUUAUGUAUUAUAUUGAACCAAUGAAACAAGGCUACUGUGUGUCCACUGAUGUAAUAAUGAGACUUGGUUCAAUGCUUUGUCCCUCAUGGUCCAGGGAGAGAGUUCUUUUCUUAAACCAAGAGACAAUAAAAUGUUCAGAAUCUGA